CUUAAAGCUCAUUUGCUUCCUCGUUGCUGAACGGAGCCAGAGACGCAUCACAGGGUGCGAUAUCUCUACUAAACACAAGAACCAUCCAGAUCUGUUAUCCAGAGGGACUCAGAUUUGAUCAUUAAAGGAAAUGGCUGAAAAAAUCGCUAUUGUUGAAAGUUUCCUGAGCUGCCAUGUUUGUUCAGAGACCUUCAGAGAUCCCGUGUCUCUGAGCUGCAACCACAGCUUCUGUUCAAGCUGCCUGCAGCGAUUCUGGGAACAAGAUGGAAACAAGAACUGUCCCAUUUGUAAAACUAAGUCCUCAACGGAUGAACCAGCAGUGAACUUAACGCUGAAGGGACUCGCUGACUCCUUUGCUGAGAGACAGAAAACUGGAUCAACUGAGACGGAACCAGAGAAGGAGAAAGAGGAGGUGGUGUGUGAAGACCAUCCAGAAGUCCCUUUUUGGUUCUGUGAGGACAAGCAGAAAGUUGUGUGUCCUCUCUGUGAGUCCUCUCUCCACCAGAGACACAAGGUGGUUCCUCUAGAACAAGCAGUCAGGAACCUGAAGGACCAGCUGAGAUCUGACUUGAAGUCUCUGCAGGACAAGAAGAACAAACACCAACAAGUGAAGGAAACAUACAAUGAAGUGAUUCAAGUCUCCAAGAAGCAGCUGGUGUCCACAGAGAAGAAGAUCAGAGCAGAGUUCAACAAGCUCCACCAGUUCCUGAAAGAGGAAGAGGAGUCCAGACUGACAGCUCUGAGGGAGGAAGAGGAGCAGAAGGAUAAGACCAUCAGCAGAGAGAUGAAGAUGAUUGAGGAGCAGAUCUCCUCUCUGUCAGACAGCAUCUCUGCUGUUGAAGAAGACCUGCAGAAACACAAGGUGUCGUUCCUCAGCAGUUAUAAAGCCACUCAGACCAGAGCCAGAGUCCAGAGCUCACUGACAGAUCCACAGCUGGUCUCAGGAGCACUGAUAGAUGUGGCCAAACACCUGGGCAACCUGUCCUUCAGAGUCUGGGAGAAGAUGAAGGACCUGGUCCACUUCAGUCCUGUCAUUCUGGACCCAAACACUGCAAACUACUUCCUCUAUCUGUCUGAUGAUCUGACCAGUGUGAGACAUGGAGACACAAAGCAGCAGCUUCCUGAUAAUCCAGAGAGAUUCACUAAGUAUCCAGAUGUUCUGGGCUCUGAGGGCUUCAGCUCAGGGAAACACAGCUGGGAGGUGGAGGUGGGAGACAAUCCUUACUGGUUGUUAGGUUUGGUUAAAGAGUCAGUUGACAGGAAGGGAAAGAUAGGUGCUUCACCAGGCAAUGGAAUCUGGUGUUUAUUUUAUCGCAGUGGAACAUUCACUAAUGGAGCUUGUCAAACUCUCAGAGUGAAAAAGAGUCUCCAGAGGAUCAGAGUCCAGCUGGACUAUGAGAGGGGGGACGUGUCCUUCUAUGACCCUGAAGACAUGACUCCCAUUUGCACUCACAGAGACACUUUCACUGAGAAACUCUUCCCAUAUUUUUAUAUUGGAACGUCGGGUGCUAAAACUGCUGAAAUCAAAAUCUGUCAAACUGAUGUUUCUCUGCAAUGUUCAGUGAAGGCGUUGAAGUGAUUCAUCAGGAUGUUUAUUAUUAGGGCUGUAAAUAGAUUUUAAAACUAAUUAAUCGCACAUUUUGAAAUUCAUUAAUCUCGAUUAAUGAAGGUUUUUGUUGUUGUUACAAUGUUAUGUAUAAUUAAUGUUUAUUUCUUCUAAAUUCUAAAUCUUAUUAAUCACUUUAGAAAGUGUGUUUUUUAGACACUGUUUUUUGAUUUUUAGUGUUAUUUUAAACACAAAACUACACACACAUUAUUUAACAGCUGUGUUUGAAGUGGCCAGGACGUUUUCAAACCACGGUCUUUUAGGGACACAAUGGUCCUCCGCAAACUGUGGGCCGCGCAGGGUAACGUUAGAUGUUGAGAUGGAGGUAGCCUAGCAGCUAGCUUAGCGUAGCAGCUAGCAUAGCCUAGCAGUGUGGUCCGUUUGACACUCACCCCCCUUCUUUUUGAUACGUGGAGUAAUUCGUCUGCACAGUUCUCCACUGUAUGUCGCUCCUCUGUUUGUUUUACUCAUAAUGCAAAGAGCUCUAUCCAUCUUGAUGUAACUGAGUGCAGCUAGCGGCCGUUUUGUUUCCGCGGUGAACUUCCUGUCUACUUCCGGGAACGGAAGUAAACCGGAAGUAAACGAACGAACGUUAACUACGUUAAAAUAUUUUUUUGCAUUAAUCUAGGCCACAUUAAUCGCCUAGAUUAAUGCAUCAAUGUUCACAGCCCUAUUUAAUAUAGUUUGUUGUGUUCUUAAAUUAUUUUGAAAUUAAAGAAUGAGCAACGAAAGUAUAAAUAAGCAGAACUAGAUGUGUGAGGGACACAUGGUUCAAAUUCAAAGAAUACUUUGAAUACUUUACCUUCCAUUACGGUGAGUCGAACAGGAUGAGGUACUCAGAUCACAUGUUAGGAACUUUGUGCUGGUCUAUAAAUGUGAAUGUGGAAUCCCACAGACGUUUAGAACAACAAUGUUCUCACUCAAACUCUCACUCCGUUGAGACCAGAAAAUCUGGUGACAAAUUUCUCAGAGGAAGCAGAAGGUACAAUUUUUGAAACUGCCAGUAGAGUCGAAUUUCUGACCGCAAAGUCAAGGAUAUCUCUGGUUCUGCAGAGUUUUGGGUCUCAGAUGAUAUCCUUAUUGUUUGGAAUGGACUUAUAGUUUUGCGUGUAGGUUAACUUGUGCGAGGUGUGGAUUCUAGGUAAAUUUCUGUUAUUGUCUGCCCUUUGAUCAGCUCGAUAAGAUCACAGCUGUGCCAUCACCAAGCAACCGCACAAAAAUGCACCACUCAGUCUCUCACACAGGUGAUUAGCUGAUUAGUGGAGUCACAUGACACAGCUCAGGUCAUUCAGACCGACCUUUUGCAAACCCGCCUUUCCCUUGAUUACUACAAAUACUGCUAUUACUAAUUCUAUUAGUAUUACUACAGCUGUUGAUACUACAAAUAACACUAAUACUCGUAUUUCUACUGCAAAUAAUACAAAAAUUACACUUACCACUACUACAUUUAAGUAUCUUCAGCAAUUCUUUUAUAAUCAUUUUAGCUUACAGCAUUCUAACACAUUUUCAGCAGGAAAUGCAUUUUAGAGUCUAAAGAAUUGU